AUUGUUCUUGUUGACUUAUGUCUUCAUUUUCCCCUUUUUAGUUCUAACUUGUGACUUAAAAUUCCAAUCAUCUCCUACCUGCCCAUUAUUGCACUUCAUUCACUUUCCUUCAUUCUCUUCAUACACUUACAGUAUUUUGAUUUUCAGCAUUUUUAGAUCAAAUGGCACCUAGUGCUACUACCAUACCAGAGGAACAGAACGUUCUUGGAGAAGAGAUAGAUAAUGUAAGGGUCAUCACUUUGAACAGGCCAAGACAAUUGAAUGCUAUCUCACCUGACCUGGUUUAUCUGUUAGCAGAAUAUUUGGAAAAAUGGGAGAAAGAUGAGAAAGCAGAACUAAUUAUCUUUAAGGGAGCUGGUAGGGCUUUCUGUGCUGGAGGGGAUUUGAGAGUAUUCUAUAAUGGCAGGAAAAUAAAGGAUUCAUGCCUUGAAGUGGUCUACAGAUUUUACUGGCUUUGCCAUCACAUUAGUACCUAUAAGAAAACUCAGGUUGCUCUUGUUAAUGGAAUUUCAAUGGGUGGAGGUGCAGCUUUGAUGAUCCCAUUGAAAUUCUCAGUUGUAACAGAAAAAACAGUUUUUGCCACUCCUGAAGCAAGUUUUGGAUUUCAUACUGAUUGUGGCUUCUCAUAUUACCAUUCUCGUUUGCCAGGUUCUUUAGGCGAAUACUUGGCACUUACCGGAGGGCGGUUGAAUGGAAUGGAAUUAAUUGCAGCUGGAUUGGCAACUCAUUUUGUCACUUCUGAGAAAAUUGUUGAACUAGAGAAGCGCUUGAUUAGCUUAAAUUCUGGUGAUGAGAAUGCUGUGAGAUCAGUAAUUGAAGAAUUUUCUUCAGAAGUUAAACUUGAUGAAGAUAGUAUCUUAAACAAGAAGUCAAUAAUUGAUGAAUGCUUCUCAAAGGAUUCUGUUGAAGAAAUUAUAAAAUCACUUGAAGCUGAAUCAAGCAAGGAAGGAAAUGGAUGGAUAGGACCAGGUUUAAAAGGAAUGAAAAGAUCAUCACCAACUGCACUGAAAAUAGCAUUAAGAUCGGUUCGUGAAGGAAGGAACCAAUCACUAACUGAAUGUCUAAAAAAGGAAUUCAUAUUAACAAUUAAUAUACUGCGAACUACGAUAUCUGAGGAUAUGUACGAGGGUAUUAGAGCUCUCACUGUUGACAAGGACAAUGCUCCAAAGUGGGAUCCUCCAUCACUUGACAAAGUAGAUGAUGAGAAGUUGGACUUAAUCUUUAAGCCUUUUGACAAGGAAUUGGAGCUUCAGAUUCCAGAAAGUGUGGAAAACAGAUGGGAUGGGAAAUAUGAGAAUUCAGCUUAUGCUGUUCCAAACAGAGCAACACCAACAUCAGCUUAGACGUUGCUUCUAUGAAAUUUCCUCCAAAAAUGUCAUGGAUUUUACUACUUGUUGGUGUUCAUUUUCCUAGGAGGUUCCUGAUUAAUUUAUAUAAAAAAUUAACUUUGAAAUAGUACAAAAUAAAAAGCCUUCCAAGCUUGUUAUUAAUAUUCAGAGUGAAAAAACAAAACUAAUAUAUAUUUUUUCGUCAUUUAUCUUUUAACUAA